GCCAAUUGUUGCUUGUUGCACGGCGCCAAAUCGUCGUCGUGUCGCAACAAUCAACGGGUUAUUGUAACUUUUGAUACAAAUACAUUUUUCGGUUUAGCACUGUGUCAGAGUUGAGUUAUUUAUUUUUGAACAGAGAUUUCGAAGUGUCAACGAAAUCUGUGACGACGCUGUAGCUAAUCGUACAAAUGCUGAACGGUCUCUCGCGCCGCAAUGUUUUGAUCUCGAGGUUAUUUCUCGUUUGUGAAUUGCUAUGGACCGUCAACCCAUUCCAGACUUUGCGUUGUAUUUUAUUUUGUAACGUUAUUUUUCUAUUCGGUGCUGUUCUUGAAUCAAUGCUGCUUACUCUUGUGAUUUUUUAAAUUUAUUUCGAGACUUCUUGGAUCUAAAUACAAAACCAUAUAAGUCAAUAAUAAUGCCUCAAAUGUGGUCUGAGGAGUCUUUGUACAAGGCGAUAGAGCAUAUGGUUAAUGGUGGAUAUCUCAACGUUGUUGAAAAAUGGUUCAAAGUCCCACGAAGUACAGUUCAAAGAAGGGGCAAUUUGGUUCAUUUGGGUGUACCAAUAGAAAUUGCUUGUAGGAAAGGUUUGAAACGAAAUGAUUUUGCACACUUUCUAAAAAAAGGUAGUAAAAAUAAGCCGGAUAAAAACAUUGAAAAGUCAAAUAAUGAAAGUGGUGUGAUAGAAGCUAUAUCAGACUCAUCUGGGAAAUCUUGUUCAGUACCUCAUUGCUCCAGUGAUUCAACGCAGGACACAACUUUAUCUUUUUUUAGACUUCCCAACAAUAACACUAAGGCGACCAACUGGGCCAAACAGUGCGGCAAACCAGAGUGGGCAGAUCCAGCAAAAAUCGAGUUUGCAAAAAAGUACACAUUAAUUUGUGCACUUCACUUUGCCGACAAUAUGUUCUUAGACAAAGAAUAUAAACUGCUUAAAGAGGACUCGGUUCCGUCGCUCAUAAUAAGAAAAGAUCCCGUUCAGACGUUGAACGCCAGUACGCCAGUCGUUCCAUCUAACCAAAAUGAUUUCCAUAUGCUAGACUACGAUCCCCUGGGAGUUGAUCUGGAGGAUCCUUUGGGUGUUGAAAAUGUGCAGUCCUUGGCAGUAGACAAAACGGAAGAAAGUCUAGGAACGACAUGUCAAGAUGUGAUUGAUGAAGUUGUCGAAACCAAAUUAUUUGACAGUAAAUACAUUGACAAUCAGUUGAAGAUUGAAAAACAAAAUUUAAUGUCAAAUAAUGUGAGUAGUAAUGCCAGUAAGACUGCAGAGAAAACGAAAGUGGAACCAUCGGCUAAAUACAAGAUUGAUAAAACCCGACCUCUGAACAAAAACAAGGUGAAUAAUAAAAUUUUGAGACUUGCAGCAUCUUCAAUUCUGAUAAAGAAAAGACGAAACAAAGUGCCUUCUCAAAUGCAAGGUGAAUUGAAGAAAAAUAGAAAAAUGCCAGUUCAGUGUAUUGCAAUGCCAAAUUGCUCAAAAUUUUGUAAAGAAGGUCAAGUUAUAUGUGUGUCAUGUGCAGGAUUAGGGUUUGUAGCAUGUGCUGUUAGAUCUUGCUCACAGUUGUACAAUACUAAAAAUGACAAGAAGGAUUCUUAUGUUUAUUUCCCAACGGUACAAGAAAUAAAGUCUAAAUGGAAGAAAAUACUGGGGAAACCAGAAAACUGGGACUCCGAUAGAUUUGUCGUUUGUUUGUCACAUUUUAGAAAACCAAAUGACUUUGUAUCCGGAACUGCCGGGUCAACUUUAAAAUUAGACGCCUGUCCUAGUGUAGCAUCUGUUCGUUUGAAAAAACUAGCUCCUAUCCAAAAACUACAAAAACCAUUUAAGAUUCACACUGAAAAACCAGCUGAAAAUACUCCAACGUCUAGUGGAAUUAGUGACAGGCGAACCAUUAAAAAGCAGAAGAGAAAGUUGUAUUAUUUAAAAGAACGUUUAAUUAUUAAAAACCUGAGAUUAAAAAAUGAACAAAUUCAACUUCAAAAUGAACGGUUAAAGUUACAGAACAGAAUUUUAGAAAAACAACUUGCAGGUGAUUGAAAGCGUUAAUAAUACACAAAGACAUUUUUAACCAUAAAAACAAAAUUGUAUUAUUAUUCCAUCAUUAAGAUAAGUCGUACUGCUUGUUUUUUCGUUUUUAGGAUCCAUUGUCAAUUUUUAGUAUGAACAUGGUGCAUGUAUUUCUACCAUGUGAGAUAAUACAACAAAGUUAAAUAAAUUAAGGUAUUAGAAAAAAUGUUUUUAAAUCAUGAGAUUUCCUGUUGAGGAUGAUGAAAACGUAAUUUGAUCCUUACCUUAUCUUUGUCCUCUAUCCUCGCUGCAGACCCUUUGAAGUUUAAAUUACGAUCACAGCAUGGAACAGAGUAAGAUUACCGGUAAGGCUCAAAUUAUAAAUCUUUUAAAUUUUUCAAAAAUUGACAUUGGAAUUUCUGUAAUUAUAUAUAUAUUUUUUAAAUUUCAUUUAUUUAUAUUACUUACAACAAACAAAUACAUUUAUAAUUUUUUUAAAAUAAAAUUACAACUUAACUUAUUUGUUCAUCCAUUUUAAGUUGUCUUUCUUGUUAAUCUGAUGUAAUUGAAUAAUUUAUUUAAGGUCAAUCUGAGUUAAAAUUAGUACAGUUCUAUGUGCUUUUUGCUGUUGAAGACAAAUUGUAUUUUUGUAAUGUUAAUGUAAAAAUUUAGAAAGUUUGUGCUGUUUUGCCAAGAGCAGUCACAUGAGAAAAUCGGUUCCUCUAAUAAAAAAUGUUUU